AGAGGCAACAGAGAUGCUGACACACACACGUCGCCUGCAGACACACACACACACACACACGUUGCAGAGAGAGAGAAACGCAGAUAGACAGUGCAGACAGGCAGCUCGCUGCGUCGAAAAGUUUUGGGUUUAAAACUUUUCUCUGGAAAGUGCAACUAGUCGGUGCAGCUUUCUCCCCCAUAUCAGGCUCUCAUUCAACUCAAACCAAGAGGAAAACGCAUCCAGAUCAACCCUGACUUUCUAUUUUUGGCUCCAGGUGCUGACGCGGCGUGGUUGGACCUGUUGGCUCAAUCUGGCAACUUUUGGAACUAUUGCGCGCACAAAUCCCGCGGAAGGCAGUGCAAAAGAGGAGGAAAACCGUGGAGAAUUGAGCCUGGCCGGCAGUGAGAGGAUGAUGUGACCCUGUGUAAACUUCCACUGACCACCUUCUUCUCUCCCUCAAACACACGUGAAGCGGCGGCGCUGCGUCCAGGAGGCUCAAGUCAACAUGACUCUGCCCGGCGGUUUGUCGGAUACUUGUCAGCUCAUUUUACGUGACCGCACGGAGCCGGAGCUGUGGAAAUAGGACUUUUUUUCCCAUGCUUUCUGGGGAAUAGUUGUUGCAGCACGUUGUGGUGAAGCAGAACCCGGGCAACCCUGCGCAGUUUGGAGAGAGAGAGGGAGCGAGGGGAGCUACGAUGCGGGGCACUCUGGGCGCAUUCAUUCAGUCCUGUCUCCUGCUGCUGGUCCGAGCAGACCAGUGGCGGCUCAAGGACUCGGCCAACUGCGAGUUAAAUAGGAAACAAACGGACCUAAACUCCUUCCUGUGGACGAUCAAACGCGAUCCUCCCUCAUAUUUCUACGGUACGAUCCACGUUCCCUACACUCGUGUUUGGGACUUCAUCCCUGAAAACUCCAAGCAGGCCUUCCAGGAGAGCAACAUCGUCUACUUCGAGCUGGAUCUGACGGACCCUUACACCAUCUCAGCCCUCACCAGCUGCCAGCUGCUUCCUCAAGGUGAGAACCUGCAGGACGUCCUCCCCAGAGACAUUUACAGGAGACUCAAAAGACACCUGGAGUACGUGAAGCUCAUGAUGCCCUCCUGGAUGACCCCCGAUCAGAGGGGGAAGGGACUCUACGCCGACUACCUCUUCAACGCCAUCGCCGGGAACUGGGAGAGGAAGCGACCGGUGUGGGUGAUGCUGAUGGUGAACUCGCUGACCGAGGCAGAUAUUAAGACUCGAGGGGUGCCGGUGCUGGACCUGUAUCUGGCCCAGGAGGCAGAGAGGAUGAGGAAGAGGACGGGGGCUGUGGAGAAAGUGGAGGAACAAUGCCAUCCGCUCAACGGGCUGAACUUCUCCCAGGUGAUCUUUGCCCUGAACCAGACAUUGUUACAGCAGGAGUCUCUGAGGGCAGGAAGCCUACAGGUUCCAUACACCACCGAAGACCUCAUCAGGCACUACAACUGUGGAGAUCUCAACUCCAUCAUCUUCAAUCAUGACACCUCACAGGUCCCCAACUUCAAUAAUGUGACGCUGCCACCCAACGAGCAGGUGACGGCCCAGGAAAUAGACAGCUACUUCCGACAGGAGCUCAUCUACAAGAGAAAUGAGAGGAUGGGCAAGAGGGUCAAGGCGCUGCUGGAGGAACACCCCGAAAAGAGCUUCUUCUUUGCCUUUGGAGCAGGUCACUUUCUUGGCAACAAUACGGUCAUUGAUGUGCUCCGUCGCCAGGGAUACGAGGUGGAGCACACCCCUGCUGGGCAGCCCAUAAACAGGAGAUCAUCAUCCAGACCUGCCUCUCCAGAAUCAGACGACCACCUCGAUGAGUCCCGUCUGCUGGAGCCUUUCCUCCACGAGCUCCCCCACAAAGAGGAGGACCAGGGCCGUCCUCUGGAGGAGGAUCUCUUACCCCAUAUGCUUCUGCCACCAGACAGCCUGGAGCUACUGGAGAAAGCAGAGAGGAAAAUGCUGAAGAAAAAGAGGAGGAACAAGCAGAAGAAACAGCGGCACCGGCAUUUUAACGACCUGUGGGUUCGCAUUGAGGAGAGUGCGAUGGUCCAGUCCCCACCUCCUCCUCUGGUUCGCAUCAUCAACGGCUACAUCACCGUGCAGCCGCCUCACCGAGUCCACAACCACCAUCACACACACUCGGCAUCACCCUCCUCCUCCUCAGCAUCACCUCCAGUCAUGCUCCUCUGUACGCUGCUCACAGCCAUCCCACCGACAUGGACCGUGCUCCGCUAGCAGAGCCCAGCAGCCUCGAUGAGUCUAAACUCGAACAUUUGGCGGUUUUGCUUAAAAUGCUAAAGUGCAUUUUAAGACUCAGUGGAGCACGGAGUAAAUGAUGUCAGGUAGCUCUGAUCUUUGAAUCUGAUGCUAAUUCGUGCUAAUAGAGCAUUUUUCUUACAAUCUGAGGCCUUGAUGAGCACGAAAGUUAAUGUAAAAGAGGUUUUUUUUUUGAACAGACAUGUUUGGUUUUGGUUAUUUUACACACAGAACAGGAUCUAGCGCACAAAAACAGCAAAAAAAGUGAAAUUUUCAGUAAGAAGAAGUUUUAUCGGACAUCUUAGAGGUCACACAACACGUAGAAACUCACUAUUCAUCAUUAAGUGACUGUUCAGCGCACAAAAAGCCGAAUAUCAUUAAAACCAUCACUGAAUAUCAACUGAAACCACAUGUGCUGUGUGUGUGUGUGUGUGUGUGUGUGUGUGUGUGUGUGUGUGUGUGUGUGUGUGUGUGUGUGUGUGUGUGUGUGUGUGUGUGUGUGUGUGUGUGUGUGUGUGUGUGUGUGUGUGUGUGUGUGUGUGUGUGUGUGCGUGUGCGUGACAAACCAAGUCUAUCAGCUCUUAAACCCCGCUGGACUCAAAGUGUUCCUUUGUCUGAUCUUAAUUUAUUCUUCCAUCUUAGAAGAAUUUGCGGGGGGGUAAAUUGUACAUAUUGUUUCUAAAUAUUAUAGAUGUAUUUUAGAAUUAUUAAAAAAAAAAAGAUAAAAAUGAAAAAUAUUGGAAAGCUUUGUUGCUUGUUGUUUAUAUAAAUAUAUGAAUAGAUAUGCAGUAUAUUUUUGGAAAGAAAAUCAGGAACUAACCACCAUAGUCUUUCGUGCCAUGUGUCUCACUGAGAUGAUUUUGUGUUUUGCGAGGGACAGAUGAUUGUGUUGUACUUUUUGUGUAUCAGUGUUAUCACCCGCUUUGCUGUGUUCUGUGUGAAAGGAUUCCUGUUGAUGUGUGUGUGUGCUGUUUCACAUGCAGCUCAUUUGUUUUAAUUUAUUUAACUACUGUAGUUUUGCUUUAGGCCAUAUGAAACAUUCCCAAUGGCUUUUUUAUAUGCUUUUUUUGUCACCAUGAUGUCCAAAUGUGCGUUAUUUGUCAUUUUUCAGACGGUUUUAAGUAUAAUUUCAAAUGCAUAUGAUGGUAAUAAUAAUAAUAUUUGUGUUAUGAAUACAUAAAGCUGUCGACGCAGAUAGACCACAUGCAGCUGAGCGCUUUAGGUCUUUCACAUUUCUUUUGUGGCAUGAGGUGAUUGUAAUAGCAUUACCAUGGCAACAAUAAAAUAUUUAUCUAGAUUAAAUCUUGA